CUGUAGCUGGCGUCGUCGGUCGCUUGCGUUUAGCUGUGUUUUAAAAUUAAAAAAUGGACAUUUUUACAUUUAUAUGAGAACAUUUAUCAUACACACCUCGCUCGGAUUUGUCUGUGUUUAGACGUGCCUGAGUUCUAUUGCGUUAAAAAAAGGACGAUGGGGUGUGCAAAAUCAAAAGAGGAGCAUGCGUCUGGCAAUGAGAAGAUCAUGAAAACAGAUUCAGUACGUAAAUCCCAACAAGCUCAUUAUGUGAAAGAUCCCACAUCUGGUAUUAAGACUAACAGAAACAGCUCAUCAAAUCUGCCAUGUACAACAGAUGGUUCUGAAGAGGUGGUCAUCGCGCUAUACGACUAUGAAGGCAUACAUGACGGGGACCUAAGUUUUAAGAAGGGAGAGAAAUUAAAAGUCUUACAAAAGUCGGGUGAAUGGUGGAGUGCCAAGUCUAUGAGCACCGGGCAGGAGGGCUACAUUCCCAGUAACUAUUGUGCCAAGGUCAACUCACUGGAGAGCGAGGAAUGGUUCUUUAAAGGUGUUAGCCGUAAAGACGCUGAAAGACAGCUUCUUGCACCUGGAAAUAAAACCGGUUCCUUCAUGAUCCGAGACAGCGAGACAACCAAAGGAAGCUAUUCACUGUCAGUCAGAGACAGUGACACCCAGUCUGGGGACACGGUGAAGCAUUACAAGAUCCGAACACUGGAUAAUGGAGGCUUUUACAUCUCCCCGAGAAUCACAUUCCUCACCUUGCAGGAACUCAUCAACCACUACAAGAGACAGGGGGAUGGUCUGUGUCAGGCCCUGACGGUGGCGUGUAUCAACCUGAAACCUCAGAAGCCAUGGGAGAAGGAUGCUUGGGAGAUCCCGAGGGAGUCUCUGAAGCUGGAGAAGAGGCUGGGGGCAGGCCAGUUUGGGGAGGUGUGGAUGGCCACGUACAACAAGCACACGAAGGUAGCAGUGAAGACGAUGAAGCCAGGGACCAUGUCAGUGGAGGCGUUCCUAGACGAGGCGAACCUGAUGAAGAUGCUGCAGCAUGACAAGCUGGUGAAACUCAACGCUGUAGUCACUAAGGAGGAGCCUAUCUACAUCAUCACUGAGUUCAUGGAGAAAGGCAGUUUGCUAGAUUUCCUGAAAAGUGACGAGGGAAACCGGGUGCAGCUCCCUAAACUGAUUGAUUUCUCUGCCCAGAUUGCAGAGGGGAUGGCUUAUAUUGAGCAGAAGAACUACAUCCAUCGGGAUCUGAGAGCUGCCAAUAUUCUGGUGUCCAAGUCUCUAGUCUGCAAGAUCGCCGACUUCGGGCUGGCCCGAAUCAUCGAAGACAACGAGUACACGGCCAGAGAAGGUGCAAAGUUUCCUAUCAAAUGGACAGCUCCUGAAGCCAUUAACUAUGGCUCUUUCACGAUCAAAUCUGAUGUCUGGUCCUUUGGCAUCCUCCUAACAGAAAUCAUCACGUAUGGACGCACUCCUUAUCCAGGGAUGUCAAACCCGGAGGUGAUCCGGUCCCUGGAGCGCGGGUACCGCAUGCCACGGCCAGAAGCCUGCCCAGAGGAGCUCUAUGAGAUCAUGCUCAAGUGCUGGAAGAACAGACCUGAAGACCGGCCCACCUUCGAAUACCAGCAGAGUGUGCUGGAGGACUUCUACACUGCCACUGAGAGCCAGUACCAGCAGCAGCCUUGAACGGGAGAGCAGGACACCGAAUUGAAAGGAAUACUUACUGGUGGAAGGGGAGGGCUACAGUAACUAACUGAUAACUCCAUCACACAGUGUGCGCCACUUUCUAAUAAGACAGAUUCAAUACAAAUAAAAUAAAAUGUGCAAGUCGAAGGUUCAUAGCUUUAUUAAGUGAUUUUUUUUAUUUUUUUUUUUUACAAAUAUUUAUUCUUUGUUAGUUUUAUUGAAAAUCAUUUGUUGUAGACUAUUGCUAAAAAUGACUAACAAUAUUUGAUCCCUGAAUAUAUUAGAUAAAGGGCCUAACUGGAAAAACAAGUUAACUGAAGGGAUGUUUUGUGCAGGUUUAUUUUUUUUUUUUUUUAUUAUUAUUCUGCUUAGAAAAAGAUCGUGGCACAAACUUUGCACUGGAGAAAGGUUAAUCAAGCACUUCUGUUUCUUGUUUCUUGUCUGAGAUAAAAAAUUAUUUUUUUUUUAAAAAUUUAAAAUUAAAUCAGUCAAACAUAAACACUGACAAGUAACCCAUCAAAAGAUACAGGGUUUGAUCCCCAAAGCCGAUUGCUCCAAAUCAUCAUAAGCACUAUUUUUCAGAAAGAAAAUUUGCCUCUGAUAAAGUUAACAAUCCAUUUGUUAUAGUGCUGUGAUUGCUGUUUUUGCCUUGCAGACAAAAUGUGUGCUUAUGGAAAUUUGCAGCAUGUAGCUUUGAGAAGUUAGCCCAUAGUUGUUUAAUAUAUUUUUCUUUUACUUAUGAGGUGCACAGUUAAACCUGGCUACAAACCCGCAUUCAAACUCCUUAAGCACUAAUCCUCUCAGGGAAAGACUUAAGUGUGUGUGUGUGUGUGUGUGUGUGUGUGUGUGUGUGUGUGUGUGUGUGUGUGUGUGUGAGAGAGAGAGAGAGAGAGAGAGAGAGAGAGAGAGAGAGAGAGAGAGAGAGAGAGAGAGAGGUGUCAUAUCACAGUGCCAGCAGAUCUCAGUUUUUACUAUGAAUGAAAAUUCUGAGUUUAGGGGGAUUAUUGGAAUAGAUUUAUUGAGUCGCUUCUGAAAAGUGAAAACAUAAAUACUGAAUCUUGGCGCUAGAGCAAACAUUUAGUAAAGCUGUUCCGUUUGUGCUUCGCUUAAAGACAGCUCUGUAAAUAUCUGUCUCAGUUCAAAUGUGCGUAUUUAUUCAUUUCAAGUAAUUUUACCAGGACAGCUCCCUGCAGAUUCAAUUCGGUACAGUGAUAUCGGAAUUGUCCAGCUUGGGGAUACACCAAGCUUUGUUUUAAUUUUACCUGCAGAAGAAACAUAAUGUCAAGGGAAUUAAUUCAAUUUUUUAGUUUCCAUUUUGAAUGUUAUUGUAGCUCAUGUUUUCAGCAUUCUUAAAUGGCAGCUGGUUACUGACCUAUUUGCUGGUAUGUGUAUUAAGGGCUAGGUUGUAGGAAUGUGACUAAAUCUGUGUACCCUUUUGUUCCUAAGUAUGGCCUAUAUUAGGCCAAGGUGCUUCUUUGAGUUGUGGAUUAAGAGAACUGAGCCAGGCUUGGGUACCUGAGUUAAAACCUCUCUUUUACAUGAUGUCAGUGAUGAUGUCACAUCUCGUUGCUGGUCUCUUGGUCUAAGCCAGAUCCCUCAUGGUUGAAAGCCAUGGGGAUGGCUUUCUUCAUUUGUCAUAACAUCCAUUAGCCACCGGGGGGAGUCCACCACACACGAGAAAGUCUUGGUAACAGGAAAAUUAGGAUUGCCAAUCAUCAUAUAAUACUAUAUAGUGUGUGGUCCUUAUACAUAAAUAAUGCCAAAUGAAGAUUUUUACAUUUUACGCAGAUUCCUUUUGAAGAAAGUUACUGUGCACCUCUAUCUCUGUAUUAUUGUUAUAGUUAUUGUUAUUGUUAUUAUUAUUGUUAUAAUUGUUAUACAUACAUUAAUUGAAAAGACCUUGCACCCUGUUGCUCUUGACUCCUACAGUGGUGUUACUCUUCAACUCUAGAGGUUCUUUAAGCAAACUAAUACUGUUCUGUGCAGGUAUUGCAGCCUGUUCUUUCCUGCAGUUAUAAUUAGGCUAUUGGACACAGAGCUGCAAUAUUUUGCUGCAAAGCGUGCAGUGAUAUUUUUCUUUUUUAUUAUUAUUUAUUCAUUCUAUUUGACAGAUUAUACUACUGUACUAGGUUUGGUGACAUUUUAAACCCUUCCCAUAGCCAAUAGGAGGUACCAUGGACAGCCAGGACAGAUACUUCACAUAUAGCAACAAAUGCCACUGAGAUUGUCAGUCUUACCCCCUCUUUUACCUUUUAUGAUGACUCCAAGAGCUGUGUUCUGCGGCUCAGACACCUGGAUUUGUAUUAUUUUUCUGUUGCUCAGUCCAGCUGGCUGCUGUCUUGCUUGCUUUCUUUGGUUCACGUGUUGUUGAGAAUUCUCGUGAUAGUAAUAUCAAGUCAUAUCAGGAAUGCAGGCAGCUCAAAUCAAAUUGAGCUGCAGAUUGGCAAUAUAAAAUCUGGGGCAAAGCCAAUGUCAUUACAAUCUACUAGCCUGUACUCUUCAUGUCUGCUCCUGUGCCGUUUGAUAAAUCUGUAUUUUAGUUUCCUUUUUAUGUCACAUUUUGGAAUAAGCCAUUAGUUAAAUAUCGAAAGAGAAAAAUUAGCAUGCCCUCCACCUGAAAAAAGGGCCCAUGGCCAAAACAUAAUGUUGAGGACCACUGGCGUAAAGUCAUCACUUAGGAGACUUUUGAAUCAAAAAUUGAGCAUCACGGGAUGUGAUAAUACAGGAAAAUGCAUCUUUAAAUAUUAAAUAAUUUAUGCCUAUUCCAUAGCAAACUAAUAAGUCAAGUGAAAGCUGAACAGUGAUGUAGUGUUUGCUACACACACACACACACACACACACACACACACACACACACACACACA